AAGAAAAAAAUCAAAAGGGGGCUAAUAAUUCUGACUUAAACUGUAUAUGAAUAAAAUCUAAUUUCAGAUAUACAGUAAUGAUAUAGGUAUAGUUACUCAUCCACACAAUCACGUGCCCACCUAACAUGAAGAAACCUGAAAAACUGUUUGUUUUCCAACUGAAAUAAAUAUAAAUAUAAAAAUGUAUAUUAAAUAUUAAAAAAAUGUUUAACACAUCUUUAAUUUAAUUACAACACUAACUUUAAAAAAUUAAUCAAGAAUAUGUGAGACAAUUAAAUUCUAAACAGUGAUACUGUAACUUAUAAGGAAAAUUGGUGUGUCUCAGACCCAACCAUAGUGGAGUAUGUAGGAGCCGUUAAAAUAAAAAUAAACAAAAAACAUUUUGGUUAAAGAAUACAGUUGAUUUGCUCCGUGGAACAUCAACACCUGUUCUUUGUGCGUUUGUCAGUUAAAUAAAAAUUAAAGAGUAUCACCAUGUUUUUAUUUCAUUUAUUACAUUUUAUCCAUCUUGGGCUCAGUUAUGUUAAAGAAAAUGGAUAAGUGGAUUCAAACAUCCAGAAUUGUUAAAAAUGGCCGAAACAAGAGAGGAGCCAGAAAAUCAGUUUGCUGAUUUAAAAGCUCUCAACAUGCAUCUGUGGGCUGAGUUUGAAGCUCUCAACAUGAAUCUCAGACGUGGUGAUGAUGGAUAUCGCCCCUUUAAACCGUUUAUUGUGUUCAAAGCUAUCACCACAAAGAUCUACAGCCCUCUUAAGUUCUAUGGCUUAGGUCUGAGGGCUAUUAUAGAAGCAGCUCGCACCAAGAGGAGUGAUGACGGCUUUCGUGAGUCAUGGGACUCAGAUCUCAGACGUGGUGAUGAUGGAUAUCGCCCCUUUAGUCUGAGGGCUGAUAGGAAAAAAGUUCGGAUCAAGAGUCUGAGGGCUGAUAGGAAAGAAGUUCGGAUCAAUAGUCUGAGGGCUAUUAUGGAAGCAGCUCCCACCAAGAGGAGUUAUAACUGCUUUCGUAGGUCCAGGUACUCAGAAUGGCUGACUGAGGAAACAGCUAGCACCAAAAGUCGCAGAUGUGGUGAUGAUGGAUAUCGCCCCUGGAGUGACUUCAACAUCCACAAUGAAAGACCUCAAACUACUGACUUCCAGACUCUGCUUGCCUCUUUUGACCUCAAAAGAGCACCUACUUCUGCUACUCACAAAUCAGAACUGUUGGCUAAGGAAGAAGCUCUACUCAAGAUGAAUGGCGUUAGCUGCCAAGACAUUUAUGUCUCAGGUGACGCACAAAGCAUAGAUGGAGAUCGCCCCACAUGGAGUGAUGACGGCUUUCGUGAGUCAUGGGACUCAGGUCGCAGAUGUGGUGAUGAUGGAUAUCGCCCCUGGAAUGAAGAGUAUCUGGAUGGGCAAGGGAAGAUAAGCAUAAGAGAAAUUUACUGAAGAGGGAAAGUUUCUCCUGGCUGUCCAAUCAAACAGAUGAAAGAGAACUACAUACUACAAAUACUACAAUACUACAAAUUCUAUUUACUGAUGAUUUACUCUGAUUUACUCUAGACAUGUAACAGAAACAUUAACCGUUUAUGAUCAGUUUUCAUAUUUAGACAAACUUAAAACAAAGCUCUUUAAUUCAUUUAGCUUUUUUUUUAUGUUUGAUUUGUCUGUCCCUGUCAGUUUGUGAUAAAUGUUUUUUAUGGGACUUUAUAUUCCAAUUUGUGGUUUGCACCAAAUUUCUAUUUCUGUUACCAUUCAACACAACACAACAUGUAAUAAUUUGUGAAGUUGUUGAAAAUAUAACCAUAAUAUUGUAGGGUUUUCAUGGGGCACUGAAAAGCAUUAAAAGCCAUUACAUUUAUUUCUCAAAAUAAAAGCCUCAAAGGCACAGUUCAGCCAAAAAUGAAAAUGACCUCAUUUUAAUUUAUUAAUUUAUUUCCAGUUUCUUUCUUCUGUUGAAUAUAGACCCUUUUAAGAGAUUUAAACAAAAACGAUGGUCCUAUGCACUGUUUUACAAGUUUAAUUUCUACAGCUUCUGAUAAUCCAAAAAGAGUCCCAUUUUGAUAAUGUUAUGAUAGCUGUUUUAACAUUAAGUUAUGAUUGAAUUGCCUCUUGUUACAGUUAUGAAAUAGUGUGAUAAGCAGGAAAUGUUCAUGGGUCAAUGACAUUACCACAUUGAUAUGGUCUAUAAGAGAAGAUGUUUUGAAAGUAACUGUUGACUUUUAUAAUAUUUGUUUUUUGUUAGAAUUAUUUUUACUAUGGAAGUCAGUGGUUACUAACAUUCUUCAAAAUAUCUUCUUUUGUUUUCAACAGAAAAAGGAAAUCAUAAACUUUUGAAACCACUUAAAAAAAAAGAGUAAAUAUUAAAAACAUUCAUUUGGGUGAACUAUCCCUUUAAAUGGCAUAAAAAAGCAUUAGAUUUUAUUUUUAUUAGAAUAGUAGAUAGUUUGAUGAAAAAAGUGCUAUUAUCUGGGGGGGUUUUCAGUCCCACUGCCAGUGCAUUUUAUUUUGCAUUGACCGUUCGCACUAUUUAUUCCCACUUUAUAACCUGCUGUACAAUCAGAGCAGCAAAAAAAAAAAAAAAAAAAAAGAUUUGGCUACUAAAUGAGAUGGUACUUUGUGUCAGUUUUAAAACAAAAUCUUAUAUAAAAGCAAGAGCAAGAUAAUAAGAGAUUAUUUAAUGUAUUCAGUAGCUGCUUGUCUUUUUCUCACAUUUUCUUUGUGUUUUAUUAUAAUGGGCAAUGCAAUGGGUCAUUUGUUUGUUUGUCAUUCUACUGUAUUCAUUAUUUAGCAAACAUUAUAAUAUCAUAAUCAUUUUCCAUUAAGGAAACCCUGAAUUAAAAAAUAAAUCAAUAGCAUAAG